AAGAAUUAAAAUGGUAACUUUACUUUUUUUCUUUAACGAUAAUUAAAAUUUAAUAAUAUAUAAUAUUAUGAAAAUUUAAAUGCCAAUUGCUUAAAAGUUAUUAUCAGAAAAAGUAUAUUUCAUUUUUUAACAUUUAUGUAUAUUAUAUAUUAUUUUUUAAUUAAAAUUACUUUUUACUUCUAAUUAUUAAGAAAUUUGUUCCUAAACACUAAUUAUUUAUAUAUUUAUUUUGUAAAUUAAGCUAAACUAAGAUAUGAACCACCCACACUCUAACUAAAUGCAUUAAAAUUUGAAGACCUCUGAAGAGACCUUUGAGGAGGCUAUUCGUACAAUAAUAUCAGCUAUCGAUAAAGAAGGACCUGUUAAUUUUUAGGCCAACUCAAUUAGGGAGCCUAUUCUUUAAUUCGAGAGAGCUUAUGAGUAGAUUAUGAUCAGAUUAGUUGAUGCAAGAAAGAAAAUAUUAAUUGAAAGUAAAAUGCAACCUAUGUGAAGAGAUUGUUUUGAUAUCUAAAAAAAGACAUUAUAAAUUUUACUAAAUAAUAAAUUUACAAUAUUAUUUUAUAAUUAUUUAUGAAACUUUUACUUUUAUUUAUUAUAUUUGUUCAUUAAAAAUGUAUUUACUAUUCUCAGACUAAACUUUAUCAUAGUG